CCGCGCCCCGCGCGCUCCCGCUCCUCACUUAAACCCGCGCGGGAUGGGAGCCCCGACACUCGCCGCCGCCGCUGCUGCUGCUGCUGCCCCGCACCUGAUACUGGAUGCUGGCCAUUGAGAGUGGACUGUGACCAUCUCCGAGUGCCAUGGUCUGUGGCGUUGGCAACGAAUGAAGAUAUCUGGCAUGGCUUCCUUUAAGCAGGAUAAGGUGGAGGAGUUUUAUGAAAUAGGAGAAGAAUUGGGAAGCGGGCAGUUUGCCAUCGUGAGGAAGUGCUAUGAGAAACGGGCCAGGGUGGAAUUUGCAGCCAAGUUCAUCAAGAAGCGGCAGGUGCGGGCCAGCCGCAGAGGGGUGAGACGUGAGGAGAUCGAGCGCGAGGUUAACAUCCUUCAGCAGAUCCAGCACCCCAACGUCAUCACCCUGCACGACGUCUACGAGAACAAAACCGAUGUCGUCCUCAUUCUCGAACUGGUCUCUGGAGGGGAACUCUUUGACUUCCUGGCGCAGAAAGAGUCUUUGAGUGAAGAGGAAGCGACAGCUUUUAUUAAACAAAUCCUCGAUGGUGUGAACUACCUCCAUUCCAAGAACAUUGCACACUUCGACCUCAAGCCUGAAAAUAUAAUGCUUCUUGACAAGAUACCUGUGCCACACAUCAAACUGAUAGACUUUGGCCUUGCUCACAAAAUUGAAGACGGAGUUGAAUUUAAAAACAUAUUUGGGACGCCUGAGUUUGUUGCUCCAGAAAUAGUGAAUUAUGAACCUCUGGGGCUGCCAGCAGAUAUGUGGAGCAUAGGUGUGAUCACCUACAUUCUGUUGAGCGGAGCUUCCCCCUUCCUUGGAGAAACCAAGCAGGAAACCCUCGCCAACAUCUCCGCAAUGAACUACGAAUUUGAUGAAGAAUUCUUCAGUCACACGAGUGAACUGGCGAAGGAUUUCAUCAAAAACCUUCUGGUGAAAGACACGAGGAAAAGACUCAACAUAAAAGCUGCUCUUUCACACCCGUGGAUAAUGCCAAUGAACAAAUGUCAAGCUCUGGUCCGAAGGGAAUCUGUUGUUAAUCUGGAGAACCUGAAGAAGUUGUACAUCAGAAGGAGGUGGAAGCUUACGUUUAGGAUUGUAUCAUUUUGCAAUCAUUUGACUCGUUCAUUCCUUAAGAAUUCCUUAAGAAAGAAAGAAGAAACUCUGAGAGCGUAUGAAAGUGACAAUGAAGACAAUGGUAUCAAAAGAAGAGUAAGCAGGCCGAGGAGACGCAGCAGCACGUCAUAAAGCGAUCCGUGGAGGUGUUGCCUUGAAGAGAGCAAGCCUGAGGGUUAUCCCUGUACCGUGCUAGUAUCAACAGGCCUGGACCCGCACCAAAGCUACUUCUGCCUGGUGGUGGGUUGGGCCCAGUGAAUGGACAAAGCCACUUUUAAGUGCAGAGAUCGGUUUAGUUAUGAUAGGCCGUGUUACAAAGGAUCAUGCUUUCUUGAAUAAGGCACUUGGAAAAGAAAAGUGUGCAAUACAUGUUUAGUAUAAUUCAUCGUGAAAAUAUUUGUUUCUGUUUCGUCAAACCUUGUAAAGUCUGGACUUGUUGAAAUACCGUUCUUGCGAUUGCUCCAACACUCGCGCCACUGAGCAGUGAGAGGCGGCUCAGUGCCGGGGUGAACGCUCCUCAUAUCAACAAUGUCACCGUGGAUGGUCUGUGUGGCAUCGGACACACGGCCAUGAGCAAACAGAGCUGGGGUAGAGGGAGGGGAAAGGACAAAGGAAUGGGAGACACUGUAGAUUUAGUAAAGCUCUGUUAAAUGUGUAGGCCCUACUGUAACAGCAGUGGUAUUUGAUUGUGGACUAAUCCUGCUGUCGGAUAGUCACGUGCAAACUUCCCAUGCAUGCUGAGGCAGAAUAAACCACAGCCCAGGGCUAUAAGUGUGGAUCACAACAUGUAUAAGACAUUAGUGAGAGGCAGACAACAAAAUGCUGGGGUCACAGUGCCUGGUUUCAACUAACAUUUAUUUUUAUAUAAUCAUAGCUUUAGAUUUUUGAAAUAAAAACAUUAUCGGUGAAACGAACAGUUUUAUUUGCCACAACAUCAUAAGGUGUGAGAUAAGGCUGUUGAAAGUCAGGUGAACUAUUACUGGUGUGUACAUAAUGUCAGCAGCCUGGCCCAUUCACAAUGUUUGACAGCAUGUUUUACACUCUCGCAUGUUUGGACACUGUUCCAGACUAAUGGCUUAAAGUCUGCAUAGAACUUUGAGUCAUCCUUAUUGGUAAUGUGUACGGGUCCACCACCAAUUCUCUGGCACCAUUGGUUCCAGGGCCUUUCUGGAUGAUCCAUGUUGCUGGGCCAACAGAGGUCACGGCCUCUGAGAGGAAUCCAACGUACCGGAACGUUGCGAGGGGCCGAGAUACCGGCCCACAAAGUCGGCUAUGGGAACGGAUGUACCGGCUCUGUCCGGGCCGAUGUUCCAGAGCCCCGGCCGCAGGGGGCAAAUUCAACCCGCUGAUCGGCUGCGGAAGUCCCGAUGAGGUCGAGAUCGGCCGCCUGACCCAGCCAAGGUGCCACGUUUGUGGGGGGACUUCCAGGGUGGAUUUUAAGUGUGCUCUCGUCAUUUUGUCUGGAUCAUAUGAGUUGCCAAACCACUCGUUGCCGGAAAAUCGGUGGUGGACCUGUGGUGAUUUGUUGUGAAUUUGCUCAGGAUUUCAAUCACUGUCGUAGCAUGCAAAAUACUCACAUCUGAUGCCUUAAACAGCAAACUGUCGUUUCUGCAAUGUUUCAUUGAAAAACUGUCCCCUUGGGUUAAUAAUACCUUCAUCCCACCGCCCAAAUCUUAUAGAUGGCAUCUAUUAGAUGUACGUGCAAAAAAUAGAUUACGUAGAUAGGCUUUUCAUAAUUGUUGACAAAAGGAGUUAAGAACAAAGUGCCAGAGGAACUAGGGGAACUGGGGAAAGUGUUGAAGUUCCUCUGGCACUUUUCACUCAGGAUUCCAGUAUCUGCAGUCUCUUGUGUCACCAAUUCAUUGUUCCCAAGCACCCCAGUAAGUUCGAUGAAGUGUCCAUGAUGUGUACAGAUAUUGUAAUUUAAUCAAUAAGUUUGCAGCUUUGAGCAUAAAAUUAUUCUGUGGAUCUUCAUACUCUGUAAGUCUAUGUUAUAAUUCAGGCACAAUUCUUGACCCUUAAGUCCGAAGAAGGGUCUCGACCCGAAACGUCACCUAUUCCUUCUCUCCAGAGAUGCUGCCUGUCCCACGGAGUUACUCCAGCUUCU